AUGUAUGCCACCGCCAAUCAAUCGAUGACACUCCGUCCGCAGCAGCAAGACAUGCACUACGACCUCCGCCCCCGAGCCCUGCAAUGGGAUGAAGUCAUGGACAGCGAGUCCACCUGCGGUCUGUCGCCAACCGUGAGCAGCGAUCUCGACCUGCGGUUCCCACCCGCGAUGCCUCUGACCGCGCCGCAAGAGCUUUAUCUGCUGUCCCCGCAAUCGACGGCCUACCUCGGUCCGCCAGGCGAGCUCGGCCAGCAGAAUCCUGACCUGAAUGGAUCUACAGCUAAUCCAAACCGCCGCCAAUCGCAGAACCGCGAAGCGCAGCGCCGGUUCCGCGAACGCCGGGAACAGGAACGACUCCAGCUGCGCAAGGGGAUGGAGGAGCUGCGCGCGGAAAACGACACGCUGAGCGGACUGCUGGCCGAGGCCAAGAGUGCGAAGCUCAAGUUGGAGGUGGACAAUGCGCGGUUGCAGGGGGAGCUGGAGACGUUGCGCAGACGGUGGCAGGAUGUGCUGCGGUUGAUGUCGGAUAUGGUGCAGCAGGAGGAGUCGGGCGAGGGGGCCUCGCCGGCGACGAGUUGUUCCAGCGGCUCGUCGUCGAGGAAGGAGAUACAGAGUCUUAGGAGUUCGAUCAUGAUGCAGAUGCUGGUGCUGUUGUUUGACGAGAAGGGAGGGGAGUCCCGACUGGGGACUUUGGCGGGGGAUACAUGA